CUUCUUGCUUCACUCUCCCCAGUUGGAUUUGGGCAACCGAAAUUCCUUCAUCAGACAUUGAUUAGCUCACGCGGUACAUUCUGUGCCCUGAUUUACUUAUUGCUAUUCCUUGUUCACUAGAUUUGUUUCGUGCAUUAACUGAACUUUCUUCAAUUUGGGCAUUUGCUGAGUGUUUUUCCUUCACUUUCUGCUGCCAUUGUUCUCGCUUAGUGCUUACUAUCGUCUAUCCGUACUUCAUUCUAGUUUAACUUUUGUGAUCUUAAUUUUUUGUAAAUUCAUUCGGUCUUCUCAGCUGCAAUUUUCCUUGGUAAUCCACUGUUUUAUGUCUGGAAUUUGUGCCGGAUCUCAGAGAUUGGGUUUAUCAAAUUCUGAUCUUAAAUAGGGUAUUCUUUAUUGCAAAUGCGAUUCAUUACUUCUGCUUAGUUCUAAUCUGUUCCUCAUUCCUGGUCUACUUUAAAAAAAAUUAAUUCGGUAGCUUUUAUUAUUGUUAUUGUUGGGAUUUAUAUGCUGAUUGUUAAUUGUCUUUGCUGUACCGAAAGUUUCCCCGAGAUAGCCAAAGGACUUGAUUGAAUUUAAUUCAGAUAAGAGAAAUAGAAAAAAGAGAAAGAACUAUGGUUUGAAUUGAUCUCUUGGGCAUUCGUGCUGCUUAGAAGAAAUGGCAACUGAUACGGCACACAGUUUGAGAUCAAGCAGGUCUUCAUUUGGCUCUAGCAAUGGGUUGGGGACCCCUUCACACAACUCUUUUGCCACCUCAAACGGUGACGAUUAUGACUCUGAUGGUUCCACUUUUGCUGUACUUACACCGAACACACUAUCUUCAGCUAUGCCACCCGAACUUGCUGGUGCUUUACCACUGAUUGACAAGUUCCAGGUGGAGGGAUUCUUGAGGGCUAUGCAGAAGCAGCUUAAUUCAGCUGGAAAACGUGGUUUCUUCUCUAAAAGGACAUCUGGAACACAAGUUCGAGAAAAGUUCACCUUUGAGGAUAUGCUAUGUUUCCAGAAGGAACCUUUACCAACUUCGCUGCUUAAAAUAAACAGUGAUCUUAUUGGCAGAGCAGUUAAGCUGUUCCAAGUCAUCCUGAAGUAUAUUGGGGUUGAUACCUCUGAUCGAGUUUCUCCAAUGAACUUAGAUGAACGCAUUGAGCUUGUUAACAAACUAUACAAGCAAUCUUUGAAGCGUUCUGAACUCCGAGAUGAAUUAUUUAUGCAAGUGUUGAAGCAGACAAGAAAUAAUCCUGAUAGGAACUCAUUAAUUAGGGCAUGGGAGCUGAUGUAUUUAUGUGCAUCCUGCAUGCCCCCUUGCAAGGAAAUUGGUGGGUAUUUGUCCGAGUAUGUACAUACUGUGGCACACAGUACCAGUAAUGAUUCUGAAGUACACGUCCUUGCCAUGAACACAUUGAAUGCAUUAAAGCGUUCUGUUAAGGCUGGACCACGGCAUACAAUACCUGGACGCGAGGAGAUUAAUGCUGUGCUGACCGGGAAAAAGCUCACAACUAUAGUUUUUUUCCUGGAUGAGACAUUUGAAGAGAUUACAUAUGAGAUGGCCACAACUGCUGCUGAUGUUGUUGAGGAGCUUGCUGGAAUAAUCAAAUUAUCGCCAUAUUCUAGCUUCAGUUUGUUUGAGUGUCGCAAGGCUGUUGUUUCAAAAUCAGCUGACCCUGGAAAUGAGGAGUAUAUAGGUUUGGAUGAUAAUAAAUAUAUUGGUGAUCUACUUGCUGACUUUAAGGCUUCAAAGGACCGAAGUAAGGGGGAAAUUUUACAGUGCAAACUCAUACUAAAAAAGAAGCUAUUUCGGGAGUCAGAUGAAGCUAUUACAGACCCAAUGUUUGUGCAAUUAUCAUAUGUCCAACUACAACAUGAUUAUGUAAUAGGCAAUUAUCCUGUGGGAAGAGAUGAUGCUGCACAGCUAUCUGCUUUGCAAAUUCUUGUUGAAAUUGGAUAUGUUGUUUCUCCUGAAACAUGCACAGAUUGGACAUCGCUUUUGGAAAGAUUUCUCCCAAGACAACUCGCCAUUACUCGAGCCAAGAGAGACUGGGAGCUUGAUGUUCUUUCCCGUUAUGGUUCCAUGGAAAAUUUGACAAAAGAUGAUGCUAGACAACAAUUUUUGCGGAUCCUGAGAACACUUCCUUAUGGGAACUCAGUGUUCUUUGCUGUCCGUAAGAUUGAUGAUCCUGUUGGGCUCCUGCCAGGGAAAAUUAUUCUAGGCAUUAAUAAGCGUGGGGUUCAUUUCUUCCGUCCUGUGCCAAAGGAGUAUCUACACUCGGCUGAGUUAAGGGAUAUAAUGCAAUUUGGAAGCAGUAAUACUGCUGUAUUUUUUAAGAUGAGAGUUGCUGGUGUCCUUCAUAUAUUUCAAUUUGAAACUAAGCAGGGGGAGGAAAUCUGCGUUGCCCUUCAAACACAUAUAAAUGAUGUGAUGCUUCGUCGGUACUCCAAAGCACGUGCAGUUGCUAAUGGUUCAGUUAAUGGUUCGGUCAAUGGAAGCCCUUCUAAUAAUGUUCGACCUCCUUUGGACGCAAAUGAGAAGCGUGUUCUGGAAUUGUCAAGAUCUCUUCAAGAAUCUGAGAAUAAAGUUAAUCAAUUGCAAAAGGAUCUGCAUGAAAUGCAAAAGCAAGAAUUGGAGAUGAAAGAAGAUUUGGAGGGUCUGAAAGGCAGACUAAGGUCUGAGAAAAAUUAUUUAGAAGAAAUCAUCUGUGAACGUGACAAACUGAGAAACUUGUGUGAUGACAAAGAUUCAGCAAUUCAGGCUGCUUUAUUGGAGAAACAGAAGAUUGAGGUGAAGUUGGCAAAGCUGAAUAGCCAAGGGGCGGAAAAUAAUACGAGGAAAGAGUUGCUUGAAACAAAUAAUCAGGUCUUGCAUAAGAUUCAAGAUGAUUUGAAAGCACGCACAACUGAGUUGCAUGAUGCAGAAGAAACCAAUAGAAAACUUGCGAGUGAAAGAGCAUCUCUUGAAGAGAAACUUUCAAGGAUUCAUAAGAAGAAUGCUGAUGAGAUUGCUAUUUUUGAGGGUAACUUUGAACAAGAACGAAAGAGCUUGAAGCUUCGUGUUUCGGAGCUUGAAAGGGAACUGGAAGUGGCCACGCAAAAUUUGGUUGCAGCGAAGUCAGCUCUUUCCCUUAAGGAUACAGAGAUCUCUGCAGUGCAAAAUAAUCUCAGAGAAUUGGAAGAACUUAGAGAAAUGAAAGAGGAUAUUGACAGAAAAAAUGAGCAAACUGCUGCAAUUUUGAAGAUGCAAGGAACUCAAUUGGCUGAGAUGGAGGCACUUUAUAAGGAAGAACAAAUUAUGAGAAAAAGAUAUUUCAACACGAUUGAAGAUAUGAAAGGAAAGAUUCGAGUCUAUUGUCGACUAAGGCCUCUCAGUAAUAAGGAAAUAUCUGAGAGAGAAAAAGAUGUUCUGAGAAAUAUUGAUGAAUUCACUGUAGAACAUACAUGGAAAGAUGACAGAUUGAAACAACAUUUGUAUGAUAGAGUUUUUGAUGGAUAUGCCACUCAAGAUGAUGUUUUUGAGGACACCAAGUACCUAAUACAAUCUGCUGUGGAUGGAUACAACGUUUGCAUAUUUGCAUAUGGGCAAACUGGUUCUGGGAAGACAUUUACAAUAUAUGGAUCCGAAGAAAAUCCUGGGCUAACUCCACGUGCUAUAUCAGAACUUUUUAGAAUUAUGAAGCGGGAUGGUAAAAAAUUCUCAUUUACUCUAAAGGCAUACAUGGUGGAGUUAUAUCAAGAUACCCUAAUAGAUCUCCUGCUCCCAAAGAAUGCAAAACGUUUGAAAUUGGAAAUUAAAAAAGAUCCAAAGGGAAUGGUUGUUGUCGAAAACGCGACGGUCUUAUUAAUUUCAUCAUAUGAUGAAUUGAGAAAUAUUAUUGAAAGAGGAUCUGAACAGCGUCACACAACUGGGACGAUGAUGAACGAGCAAAGUUCGAGAUCACAUUUAAUCUUGUCCAUUAUAAUUGAAAGCACCAAUCUUCAAACUCAGACAAUUUCCAGAGGAAAGCUAAGCUUUGUUGAUCUUGCUGGAUCUGAACGAGUGAAGAAAUCAGGUUCUUCUGGUGAACAGUUGAAAGAAGCCCAAAGUAUAAACAAAUCGCUUUCAGCCCUUGGAGAUGUUAUAGGUGCUUUGUCUUCCAGCAAUCAACACAUCCCUUACAGAAACCAUAAACUGACCAUGUUGAUGAGCGAUUCACUUGGUGGUAAUGCCAAAACAUUGAUGUUUGUCAAUGUGUCCCCUGCACAGUCCAAUCUGGACGAGACCUACAACUCUUUAACGUAUGCAUCUAGAGUCCGUUCAAUUGUGAACGACCCUAGUAAAAAUGUUUCGUCUAAGGAAGUAGCUCGACUGAAGAAGUUGGUAGCUUAUUGGAAAGAGCAGGCGGGUCAAAGAUGCGAAGACGAGGAGCUAGAAGAGAUCCAAGAGGAACAAACCCCCCGAAACAAGUCAGAUAAUCGCCAUUCUAUGUGAGGUAGGUAUUUAAGCUCUACGCAAUGCUUUGCCAAAGUUUCCCGUCUCGUCGGCUAAGGACAUAUUUAUUCUUGGAAAAUACAGCAAGGGAUACAUUUCGUUGCGUAGCUUGUCAAUAGUUGUUUGCGUUGCUUCCUUGCUGGAAUCUAUGUCCUCAAAUUUUGUUGUGGCAACUGGCAAGAAUGCUUUUGUUUAAUUAGGAAUACCAUACUCCCUAGUUUUGUAUAGUGGAGAUGUAUGUAUAUUGUUGAGAUUGGUACCAAUAUUUGGGACUCUACGCUUUCCUAUCUCCCAUAUUAUUCUACUAAAAAGCUGUAAAUAUAAUUAUUUGUUCUGACCCA